CACAGAGUCUGUCAGAAGGAUAGAACACACAUUAACUUCUCACCACUGCAGCUCUCACAGACAGUUGGACUGAGAAGAAAUCCAGGAUCUCGAAUUACUCAAAGAGAGGACAAAAUGUGGGUCCAUCUGUUCAUCACUCACUUCCUCCUCCUCCUCCACAUCUCUUCUACCACUGAACAUCAUGGUGAAGAUACUAAGACACACAGUGAUGCAACAGGAUCCCACAGCAUACUGCAACAUCAAAUCUACCCAGCAAUGGCUUCCUUCAAACCCCAUAAACAUCCUGCCGGCCAUCAACCCCAGCCCAGGUCACGUUGUAAGGAUGUGCACGCAUGUCCGAAAGCGAUAAAGCACAGGCACAACAACCAUCACAAAUACAAGGUCACCUUCCCUCUGGCACGUCCCAGUGCUGCCAACAUCAAUGAUAUCUGUCAUUACCAUGGGCAAAGGAGGGCGCACAGUUACACACAGCUCCCGAACACUGGUUUCGCCAAUUUACAUCGACAGAUUAAAGCGGUAGACAGGAUGGAGAUGGGCUAUAGGAACUGUUGUCACAUGUCGAGCAAAGAACACAGACUGGCGUGCUCAUUGGAAGUGUGGAAGAGGGAACUGCAUCACUACUGCAAGAUGGAGAAGUCAGUUAAAACCAAGCAGUACCAUUGUUGCUUCAAGGGCAAUGAAAGAUACGACUGCUUUGAGAAUGAUGCUCGUCACCACAGGUACACUGGUGACAUUCGGCAGGGAAGGAACAGACAUAGCAUUGCCGGUGGCGAUGCCGUCCCCAUGUUGACCAUGUCAUUGCCAAAUGUCAUCUUCCCUCCGGGAGAACCCAACAGGGAGAACAUUCACAACAUCUGUAGCCUGAGGAAGAUCCGGCAACGACACCCACCCGGGACCCUGCCACUGACAGGCUACCAUGACCUGACCCAUCGGGCUAAGGCGAUUGAUCAGCUGGAGGCCAACUACGAGAAAUGCUGCAUUGCGCACAACAAAUUGGGGUGUGCGCACAAACAGGUAAGGAACUCAGGGAGAGGGAGUUCCCCUUGGAGACCCUCAGGUGGAUGACAGCUCCUUUGAGUUGGU